CGGUGGCUGCUCCGGGGACGGUCCCUCCGCUCCGGGCUGUCCCGGCCCAGGGAGCCCCGGUGAUGGCAGCGUGGGGAACAGCCACCAGCCCUGCUUGUGGUUUCCCCUCCUUUCCAAGCUCUGGCUGGAGCCCAAGGCCGUCGGAGAUGGGAGAGGAUGCCGAGGCCCUGCGGUGGCCCUGAAGACUCUCCGGGGAUGCGGUGGCCGGCUGGACAGCCCAUGGCAGCGCGGCGGGGCCGCGGGGGCUCUGCCAGCAGCAUGCUGGGGCUGAGCCGCUCGGCGCUGAGGCUGCCGGCGCUGUGGUGGUGGUACCUGUUCCUGAGCGCUGAUGCCCAGGAGGUGGCCACGUUCACGGUGCAGUACCGGGUGCUGGAGGAGGUGCCCCCGGGAACUGUCAUAGGGAGCCUGGCUGAGCACUUCGAGGGCGGCGAGAGCGGCGAGGCGGCCGAGACCUUCCAGCUGAUGGAGACCCCCGGGAGGUUCCCGCUGCACGUGGGCAGCGGGGAUGGGGUGCUCAGCACGGCCGGGCGGGUGGACAGGGAGCAGCUGUGCCGCCACAGUGAUCCCUGCUGGGUGUCCUUUGACGUGCUGGCUGCCCAGAACCCGGCCCUGAUCCACGUGGAGGUUCAGGUGAUGGAUGUCAACGACAAUGCGCCGCGGUUUCCCACGGCCGAGUUGGAGCUGGAGAUCUCGGAGAGCGCAUCCCUGCGUACGCGGAUCCCGCUGGAUCGAGCCCUGGACGCUGACGCUGGCCCCAACGCCCGCUGCUCCUAUGCCCUCUCCCCCAGUGAGCACUUUGCUCUGGAGGUUGUGUCCGGCUCCGAUGGGACGAGGCACGCGGAGCUCGUCGUGGUUAAGGAGGUGGACCGGGAGCUGCACUCCUCCUUUGACCUUGUGCUGACAGCCACUGAUCACGGGGAGCCACCAAAAUCAGGUACUGCUUUGAUUAAAGUCAUUGUCCUUGACUCCAAUGACAACAGCCCCGUGUUUGCAGAGAGCUCCCUGACUGUGGAGGUUCGGGAGGACACCCAGCCCGGGACCCUCCUCGUGACGGUCACGGCCACUGACCCUGACCAGGGUCCCAACGGGGAGAUCGAGUACAGCCUGAGCAGGCACGCGCCCCCCGAGGUGCUGAGCACCUUCAGCAUCGACGCCCGCACGGGCAGCAUCCUCCUGAGGCUCCCUCUGGACUACGAGGAGACCCACGCCUACGAGCUGGAUGUGCAGGCGCGGGACCUGGGCGCCAACCCCGUCCCGGCGCACUGCAAGGUCCUGGUCAAGGUCCUGGAUGUCAAUGACAAUGCUCCCAACGUCCACGUCACCUGGGCUGCGCGGGAGCCCGUGCUGUCUGAGGCCCUCCCCAAGGACAGCUUUGUGGCCCUGGUGACAGCCAGCGACCCCGACUCUGGAAGCAAUGGGCAAGUGCUCUGCUCCCUCAGCCAGGGCUAUGAGCACUUCAGGCUGAAGAGGACCAACAGCCACAGCUUCGCGCUGCUGACCAACGCCUCGCUGGACCGCGAGCGGCGUGCCGAGUACAACCUGACGCUGGUGGUGCGGGACAUGGGGGACCUGUCCCUGGCCGUGCUGAAACACCUCACCAUCUGCAUCAGCGACGUCAAUGACAACGCCCCAGCCUUCGAGAAGGCUGCCUACGAGGCUGCUGUUGCCGAGAAUGGUGAAGCACCUGCCUUCCUGCUCACUGUCCGUGCCACUGAUCCCGACCUGGGCUCCAAUGGGAAAGUCACCUACAGGAUCCUGGACCCCUCUGCUUUGGGGCUGGUCUCAGUCGACCCCAUCACUGGAGAUGUUUUUGCCCUCCAGGCUUUUGAUUAUGAGCAGGUGAGGAGCCUGGAGUUCCUGGUGACAGCAGAGGAUGGAGGGCAUCCCAAGCUGGCAUCCAGCAUCUCCAUCAGGCUGGCUGUGCUCGACCAGAAUGACAACGCACCCAUCAUCACCACACCAGUGCUGGUGGGAGGGGUGGCCACGCUCUCUGUCCUGGUCAAUGUGGACACCGGGUGCUGCUGGGUGGUCCCUGGGAAUGGGAGCACCCCGGGGGCUGCAGCAGUGACCAAUUCCACACUCGUGUCAUGCCCUGCCAACCCCUUCCUCUUCACCAUCGUGGCCAGGGAUGUGGACACUGGCACCAACGGGGCUCUUCGGUAUGAUGUGGCGGGUGGGGAUGAUGCCGGGCUCUUCAUCCUGGACCCCCUCCUGGGGCACGUGUCCCUCAACGCCAGCAAUGCCAGCAGCCUGGCCGGCAGCCAGCGGGAGCUGCUGGUCCGGGUGAGUGACCAGGGGGACACCCCCCUGCACACCCUGGCCCGGCUCCGCUUGCUGUUCCGGCGGCACGGAGCCUUCUCCAAGAUGUCAGCGCGGGAUCCCGGCUGGCCCAGUCUCUCCGUGCUGCUGCUCAUCUGCCUGGCCGCUCUCCUGGGCGGCUGCGUGCUGCUGCUGGCGCUGACCCUGUCCCUGCGCAAGAAGGACAAGAAGGACGGCAUGGCCUACAACUGCCGGGAGGCAGAGGACGCCCGCAGGCAGCAGCAGCUCAAGAAGCCGCACAGGCAGAUCCAGAAGGCCGACAUCCACCUGGUGCCGCUGCUCCGGGGCCGCCCCCGGGAGCCCGAGCCCCCCCGGGCCUGCCAGGAGGAGCAGCCCGGCACAGCCGCCCCUGCGGCCGGGGGGUCCCCGCAGGCUCCCCUCCACCUCACCCCCACUCUCUACAGGACCCUGAGGAAUCAGAGGACACAAAAAGGCUCGGAGAGGCCGCAGGGCACCUUGGAGCUUCCGGUCCUGCAGCGCCGGCCCUGCCCGCCCCACAGAGCCAAACAUGCCGUGAGGGAGGCCGAGGGCCUCCCGGAGGCACCGCUGCACGGCAAGAGCUUGGUGAAGCCACCCAUGGGAGAGCCCCGAGUGCCAGCCGAGCAGCCCGUGGGUGCGGGGGCACCCGGGCAGCCCCAGCCCCACCAGCAGAUCCUCAGGAGCCUGGUCCGGCUGUCGCUGGUGGCCCUGGCGGAGCAGAGCCCGACCGGGGAGUUCGCCAUGGAGUCGCCCCCAGUGCAGCAAAUCUCCCAGCUGCUCUCCCUGCUGCACCAGGGCCAGUUCCAGCCCAAAACAAACUACAGGGGAAACAAGUACACGGCCAAGAACGGCAGCAGGGCUGCAGGGCUGGACACAGGGCUGGACACGGGGCUGGACACGGACUGCCUGAGCACCAAGGACAGCGGGCAUGGCGAGAGUGAGGCCGGGGACCGCGACUGCGACAGCGCCUUCGAGCUCUCCGUGCAGCAGCUCGUGGGAGAGGAGCUGGAGACCCUCCUGGAGCCACAGGCCGAGCUGGCCCUCAAGAGGCUGACAGCUGCAGACCCAGCGUGGGUGGCCCGGCUGUCCCUGCCCCUCACCAGCAGCUACAAGGACAACGUCUUCUGCCCUGACUCGCUGCACUCCCCCGAAGAUGAGGAAGCUUCAAGGCAGGAGAAACCGAGGACCUUUGAGACCUUUGGCAAAGGUGCUGGGGCUGACCCUGGUGGCAGUGGGACGAGGCUGGCCAGCACCUUUCUGUCAGAGAUGAGCACCCUGUUUGAGAUGAUCCUGUCCCAGAAGGUGCAGGUGCACAGCGAGACGGGCGUGGGGCUGCUGCGGCAGCUGUCGGCCCACGGGCACAGCCUCGGCCUGGAGGACGCUGCUCCAGGGCUGUAGCAGCUCAGUGGCUGUGGCAGGGAGAGGACAGUCAGAGAUUUGGGGUGUCCAGCCCUAUCCCCAGCCCCAGCAGGAUCACUGUGUGACCCAUGCCUAGACAGGUGUAUUUCUUCCUUUGCCUUGCCCCAUCGAAUUUCUCCACAACUGAUUUCACCUUUAGUUCCCCUCCACCUGCCUGUCCUUGCCUUCCUCCUCUCCCACCCUGCUCUCCCAGUGCUCUGUCAGCCUCCCAUCCCACCCAGCAGCAGGAGGGCCCUUUCCUCCCAGGACAGGCCCAGGCAAGGGGGGAGAACAACAGCAGCACAGUGAGAUACAUCCAUGUGAUCACAGACUGUAAAAAUACCUGUCACGGACACUGCUGCAGCUGGGCCCCAGGGUUUCAGUUAUUUAAAUAAAACUGUUUUUUUCUAACACUACCCUCUCUGUCAGCAGUGAAGCUGACAUAAUAUAUGUGCAGAAAGCCUGAAGUGGCAGCUGGGGAAGGGGAGAUGAGCCUGUUGUCUCCCAUGGGUCCUUCCAGCUUCUGUGGUUCUGCCACUGGGAAGUUGGCAUUUUGUAAAAGCCCCCAGAAUCAGCACUGGCAUCUCUUCUAUGGCUGCUCCAAGUACCCACCACUUCCUUCUCCAUAAGGACUGGAUGUGGCACUCAGUGCUCUGGGCUGGGUGACAAGGUGAGGAUCAAUCACAGGUUGGACUUGAUGUUCUCAGAGGUCUUUUCCAGCCUUAAUGAUUCCAUUCUAUUCUGUUCUCUCCCUUGAGGCCAUUGGAUUUUGGAGCACAGUCCUUAUCCAAAAGCAGACACCAGAUGGCUGGAGUCUGCCAAAGGUAACCUGGGAAAAAGGAAGUGUGAAAACACUGUUUUGAAAUAUUCAGUCACAAGCUUUACCCUUUUUAUGGGAUUUCACUUUGAUCUGUCUGUCUGGGAGCUGUAAGACAGUUUUGGGAUAAUAGCAUGGGUGGGGAAACCAAGGUAUUGGUGACAAAGGAAGGAACACACAGGUGUUUGUGUGUCUGCACUCCUGGAGAAGGGAAGGGUGAUGCUGACCCAUGGGCUCAUGCAGCAGUGUGGGGAUAGCAGAUAAGGGCUUCUGGGCUCUCCUGGACCAUCUCAGAUGCCCUACCCCUGAUCUUUUCCAUGUACCUGGAGGUGACAGUUCCCAGCUUUAGGUGUGUACACACCCCAGCCACAGCACCAGACAAUCACACAGACCAUUUAAAGCAGAGUAAAUCAGAAAGUUACUCCUUUCUGCUGCUCUUGGGGCUAAAUGACAAGAACAAUAGAGUGUGAUUUCCCCAGGUGGACUUUUUAAUAUCCAAAAUGUUGUUUUAUUUCGAGUCUCCAAAAUGCUUGUACAGAUGAGCCUAUGUCUGGCAUCCAUCCAUGGAUAGGUUUGGCCUGGCCAGCUCGUGCUGCUGCUCUGCUAACACAAAUCUCUCGCUGGUUUGUUUUACAAACAAAACAGGUUCUUGCACCAAAACAAUGUCAGAGAGCCAGAUUCUGAGAUGCAGCUGUGCAAACCAUGAGGGAGGCAUUUGUGACUGAGCCCUGUGGGAUUCCUCUGCACCUUGGGAGCACAGGCAGAGGGAAAAACAGCCAGCACAACCUCACAUCUCCCUCUGCAAAGUUGCUUUGAUGUCCCUGUCAGAGGAAAGUCCUUACACAAAAAUACCUUAUAACAAGCAGGUUUAAAAGGAGACAAAUUCCUCCCUCUUGCUUCAAUUUCCUGAUUCUACAAACUGCUUUUAGGCCCCCAGCCCCUCUCCCAUCCUGACCGAUGCGUAGGAGCGCUCUGGAUUAUCACAGCAUAGGAAAUCCACCCCAGGAAUUUCCUGCUCCUUGUAUCCUGCUUGAUAAAGGAAAUGGUCUAAGAAAGUUUGGUCAGAGCAGAAGGAGAGAGCAGACCAGAAGAACAAUCAGAUGUGUUGAGGGCUGGCUGUGCCCCUCCCUUGCUGCAUGGAGAAGUUCAGGAUGGGGCCAUUGCCUUUGUUUUGCAGAGCCUGAUUACACAGAGCACCAGGGCCACAGGAAGUCGGGCAGCUUGCACAGAUGCCCUUGAACCAGUUUAAACUGGUGUGAACAAAUGCCUUUUUCUGGAUUCAGCUGCCCCAGUGGAGGAAAUUAUCACACCAGCUGCCUGCUGCUGCUGCCUGCCAGUGGUGCCUUCCCGCUGGGAGCAUCCCUUAUCCACUCUGCUGAAAAUGAGCUGGCGUGCUCAGCAAACAGGGACACGAUGGAUUUUGAAGCAAACCUUGCUCAUUGUGUCUCAGAGAGGUGUGCUCGUGGGAGCAGCUCCCUGCCAGGGCUGCAGGAGAAAGAGUGGGGACAGAAGGACACUGAUGUGGUGCAGGAUGGCCGGGGACAGCUGUCACCUCA